AUGGAGCAAUAUGCCAGAUUACCACGUAACUCGGUCGACGGGCACCGUGGAGCGGAGGUAGCAUUGCGAAGGCUGCCCAGCAUCUGCGAGGGCGGCCGGCGCUCGAAGCAGAAAGGAUGGCUUGCUCGAUCGCUUGAUCUGUCAACUGCAGGCUGGUGCCAAUCAGCAGCGCGGCGGCAGCGGCGCGGCCUGGUCCCUCAGUCAUCAGUCCCCGGCCCGCCAUCGACGAGGCCCCAAAAACGCCGGCGAAGAGACCAGUCAGGAGGCGGUCCUGUUACCGGGCUUGUGGAUGUGCCCUCAUGCACCACAAUCAACGACGUGAGACACGUCUGCCUCCACCUGGGAGCCGGACUGAGUAUUGGCAACGGUCACAGCCGCCAGGGCUCGCAUGUGGCAUGUGGCUUGCUGGCCGUGGGUGGGCCUCCGCCUGGGCUGUCUGGACUGCCUGGAGGCGCACCGCCAUCGGGAGCCUGA